UUUUGGUCGGCGACUAUCAAUUGAAAACAAUGACAAUGUAAAGGGAUAUUGACAGCAGACUAGAUAAAAACAUUGUAUCUUUUGAGUAUUCACAAACCUUUGACCCAAUGGCCAACCCAGGGCAUCAAUAUGGUCAUUCCAUGAUGUCCCAGCCAAGCAUGGGGCAACAAUACCCAGCAAGCACAAUGGCAAGCCAGCAGCAGCAACAACAGCAGCAACAAGGCAUGAUGACCAAUCAGCACAGCAUGAUGGGAGUCCAGCAAACUCAACAAGGCAUGAUGGGACAUCAGCCCCAGACGUCAGCACCUCAGCAGGUACAACCAAUGAUGUCUCCUACUAAAGAGAUCAACGGGGUGAGCAUGUGCAAAAAAGGACAGGAAUAUGUACAGGAGCUAUUCCAGAAAAUGCAUGACAUUUUUAAAUACAUGACAACAAAAGCAAACCAGCUACCUAAUGGCAUCAACUGUAGUGUUCAGAUGGCCACGGAGAGGAGGGCAAAGGUCGCGGAGCAGAUUGAACAUCUCACCAUGCUGUUCAAGAAAAUCCGACUGUUUUAUGACAAUGUGAACGAGAUGUGUCCCGAUGACCCUGAUGAUGAUGUUUUGGUGGCAGUAAUGGGGCAACCAUUUGAAGAAAAGUUUACACCAAGUCCUGACUCAUGUUUUAAGUACAAAAUUGGAAAAGAAGAAAACAGAGAAAUGGUAGAACAACUUAGACUGAAGAACCGGCAGUUGAAGGCUAUUAUUGAUCAGAUGAGGACCAUUAUCUGGGAAAUCAACACAAUGAUUGUGAUGAGAAAAACUUGAUGCUAGAGAUUCUAGUAACUACAUGUAAAUCUGACUCCUGACCUGGCAAUUGUAUCUAGCAGCGACUCAAAUGUCAGUUGUGCAGCUUCAAGAACAUUUAGUCAGGUACUUUUGUGCUGAUCAUCAAACAGAGAGAACUACAACUGAUAAUGGAUAUCUAGAUCUGGUAUACCCUGACUGAUACAUGUACAUAGAAACAACAAUUGUUUAAGUUUUGUAUGUCAUUUAUUGUCUUGUCAUGCUGUGAAUCAUUAAUAAACAUCACAACAGCUGAAGUGGUAUUGUUUCUUUUUGCAAACAAAUGUAAUCUGGUUGACAACUAUGGACAAGUUUUCUUUGUAAAUAUUUUUUCAGUAUAUCUAUAACAAUGUAUAAACAUUACAAGUUGACAAUGUUUGUAAAAAAUCCAAACAACAAUAUGUAUUUUUUUUUU